GAGGCGGCAUCAUUCGCCAGCCAUGGAGCUCCAGAGCGCCGUCAAACUGCUGAUCGUCGGUCAGGCGCUGGCUCUGGCCGCCGCUGCCGUGGACAACUCUACGGAAACGGAAGAGCUGGUCUUCAACACCACGACGUACAGCGCCUCAGCUCCGAGUCCGGAGCUGUUCAAAGUUGGCGGCGACCGUAUCGACAUGGAGGCGGAGGGCUGCUUCAACUUCGGCAGCAUGCUGUGCUGCUACAACACGGCUGUGCCGGACAGCCUCACCGCCGCCCGCGUCUGCCAGCAGUUCUCCGGGGCGAGCUGCUGCUACCUGCUGCCGGGCCGCGACCAGUACCCGCGGCUGCCGGCGGACCUGGUGCCGCUGCUGCCGACUCUGACACAGAGCGGCCAGUGCGAGCAGCGCAGGCGCGGCCGGCGCGUGCUGCACUGCUGCCGCGGCGCCGAGCCCUCCGAUCCGAACCCCGACACUCAGGCGACGCGCAUCUGCACCGACGUGGCCGACAUGCGCUGCUGCUACCACCCGUUCGCCGGCAUCGACUUCGGCGUGGUGAUACGGGGUUCUACAGAGAACGGGGGCUCUGUCCUGGGCGUCAGCGUCAAGAGUGGGGCAGAGGAAUAGCAAGCGAUAUACAGGGCUUUACCUUAUGUGAUAAUUUUUUUCUGGUUAUCUCCGAGUGAUGGGCGUACCUAUAAAAUAACGGCUGUUUUUUUUUUAGUGUUUCAUCAGUGUUCAUUUCAUGAAGGCUCAACCUUUAUGGCAUUUCGACAAAUAAAAUGGAUAAAUAACGGCUUUUAUAUAGUAGGUACAUGAUAGUCGGUAUAUAUAUAGUCGUUACAUGAUAAAAGGCACGCCUACCAAGCGUCCCAUUCAAACUGAAUUGGACAAAAAGUAUAACUUGACAUCAAUUUUUAUUUUGUUGUGUUUACUUCGAUUUUUAAACGUUUUGAAGUGUUUCCCUCCUUUCAAUAGGUAUGCUAGAAACAUUUGUUGGGCAGGUGUAUAGUUAAAAACAUUAUAUUUUAAUUUCGAUUUAAUAUCUAAUGCUCAAAACAUCAUCCCAUGCGUACGCCGUGCAUGGUGCCCUAAGUUACAAAACACUCAUAUCCGAAAAAGACUUUUAUCCACAUGCCCUUGCUGCAUUCAAAUUAAGCUUUCUCAGCCUUUUUCGAUUGACACUCAAUUCCACAACAAUGCGGGUUCGGAGGCCGGUGACGGCAAACGGUGGAUAGUUGCGCCAUCUCCACAACGAAAGGCUGGUGCUGCGGUCUUUGGACUUCAUCGGCGGUGUCACCAGUUACUGACUGGCUCACUUUGUGACCGUGCUGAGGUAUGUAUGUACAUACCGGACCACCCUUCCCGCCGCUCGUCAGAGAGCUCGGUGGCAUUUGUAACGGCCUACAUACAUGACGGAGAGGAUGGGAUGGUCAAUGAGCCGAGAACGAGAGGGAGAACGGUGGUGGCGUAUUGGGCAUGUUGAGCCGAGCGAUGCAUGGACAGUGCAGAAGUAGUCUGUGAAAAUAGGAUGGAUCACUCGCAUCCCGGGAAAUAGAAAAAAGACAGGAGA